AACUGCACACCUGGAGGGUUCAGCGGGGCGGGUGCGUCGGUCUGCACAAAAUGCAGCAAGGGGUAUUACGAGGACAGGUUUGCAUCCACUGCCUGCAAGGGCUGCGAGAAUGGCAAGUACGCCGCCUUGACUGGGACGAUCCAAUGCAACGGCUGCCCAUCGCAGGCAUACACGAAUUCACCGUCUUCCGCCUGCUGGCUGUGCAGCCCUGGAACCUACCAGCGCAUGACAAACGCGAGCUUCUGCUGGGGCUGCCCGAGUGGAUCCUACGCGACAGCCUACGGGCAGGCCUCGAUCUCGUCCUGCUCUGCCUGCGGCCCUGGAAAGUAUGCGAGCGGGACCGGGCAGAGUGUCUGCAGCGCCUGUCCCCUGGGCAAGUACUCGGAUGUUUCAGGGUCCGUUCUGUGCAUUCCCUGUCCGCAGGGCACCUUUGCGGGCAGCACUGGCCUGACGGUCUGCCAGAAGUGCUCGGCGGGUUCUUCCGGAAUAAUAAGCGCUACUUCGUGUCAGACGUGUCCCCUAUACUCGUCAACUCUGCAAGAUUCAUCUACAUCCCUGACCGAUUGCAAAUGUCCAGCAGGAUACAGUGGACCAGAUCAUAGUCCUUGUACAGCCUGCGCAGUCGGAGAAUAUAAAAUCUCAAUGGGAUCUGAUGCUUGUCAAUAUUGUCCUUCCCACAGUACAACCUUGCAGGUAGCAUCCAAUUCUUUUGAGGAUUGCAAAUGUAUGGCGGGGUACACUGGACCCGAUGGUGGGCCUUGCACAGCCUGCCCAGUCGGAAAAUAUAAAAACCUAACAGGAUCUGAUGCUUGUCAAUAUUGUCCUUCCCACAGUACAACCUUGCAGGUAGCAUCCAAUUCUUCUGAGGAUUGCACAUGUGUGGCGGGGUACACUGGACCCGAUGGUGGGCCUUGCACAGCCUGCCCAGUCGGAAAAUAUAAAACCCUAACAGGAUCUGAUGCUUGUCAA